AAUAAUUUAGCUACGAUUAAAAAUAAAACAUCUGGCAUCGCGGUAUACAAAAACGUGUUUUUAAAUGUUUUUGAUCAAUUCUGAAGUUUUAUUUAUCUCCAACGUCUUUCUAUUUUAAUCUAAUUUCAGUCUAAAUGUGGAGGUGCUUAUCCAGUAACUUAAGUAAUCCAUCACAACAUUCGCUGAGUUCAUAGUGUUUAACUUUAAUAGAAAAAUAUAUAAAGAUCCCCCUUGUUCCCUUGGGAGCCAAUCAGAUUUGCGAUACACGUCAAUGCAACAGAAUGGAGAGCGGAGCGACUGCGGAUCAGUGCAUAUAGCAUUAGCGGCCAGGGUGGGAUAGGCAAGAGAGACGUUUCAGAUACAGUGCGAGAGAGAGUAACAGUCACCCACUCGAGCACAACCUUGGACGAUACAAAUAUGAGUAGUCAGUACGACGACGAAAGCCGCGACCGAAGCGAAUGUAAAAGCAAGUCGCCCACCGUGCUUUCCUCCUACUGCAUAGACAGUAUACUGGGCAGAAGAAGCCCGUGUAAAGUCAGACAACUGGGAGCGCAAAGUUUGCCAGCACCCGUCAGACCGGACCACGACCAGUCAACCGAAGUCACUUCUAAAGAGAACUCGUUUGACUCGGACAUGCACCUGCCGCCCAAACUGCGCCGGCUAUACGGCCCUGGAGGGAAGUACCUGGACUCCGGGAGGGGGUUUCACGAGCACCUAGAGAAGAGUGAGAGGGAGAGACUGCUGGACCAAGCCUGUGAGAGUCUCAAAAUCAGCCAAGCGCCACAAGUUAGCAUCAGCCGUAGCAAGUCAUACAGGGAGAACGCGCCCUUCAGCCAGAGUGAUGAAGGCCAGAGUCCCGAGCACACGGCCCAGGAGCUGGUGGAGCUCAGCACUCUGAAGUUUGAAGAGGAUGUUGUCAAAGAGGAGGCGUGCGGAGACGCCAGCCUGUCUCCGAAGGAUGAAGAGAGCAUGCACAACGAUGGGGAUGUAAAAGAUGGAGAGGACAGUGUGUGUCUAUCGGCCGGCAGCGACUCGGAGGAAGGGAUGCUUAAACGGAAGCAGAGAAGAUACAGGACUACCUUCACCAGCUAUCAGCUGGAGGAACUGGAGAGGGCCUUCCAGAAAACACACUAUCCUGAUGUGUUCACCAGAGAGGAGCUCGCGAUGAGGCUGGAUCUGACAGAAGCGCGCGUGCAAGUUUGGUUUCAAAACCGAAGGGCAAAGUGGAGGAAACGUGAAAAGGCAGGCGUCCAGGCUCACCCCACGGGCCUGCCCUUUCCUGGGCCGCUGGCAGCCGCUCACCCCCUUAGUCACUACCUGGAAGGAGGACCCUUCCCACCUCACCCUCACCCUGCUCUGGAGUCAGCGUGGACCGCCGCAGCGGCAGCUGCUGCUGCAUUCCCAGGCCUGGCUCCGCCCCCAAACAGCUCCACCCUCCCUCCUGCCACACCCCUCGGCCUAGGAACCUUCCUGGGCACAGCCAUGUUCAGGCAUCCAGCCUUCAUUGGACCCACUUUUGGCAGACUCUUCUCAAGUAUGGGUCCUCUGACCAGCGCUUCCACGGCCGCCGCUCUCUUGCGCCAAACUGCACCGCCAGUGGAGGGUCCAGUGCAGCCGCCGGCAACCCUGCCAGACCCGCCUUCUUCCUCAUCCUCUACGGCCGCCGACCGCAGGGCAUCUAGCAUCGCAGCACUGCGUCUCAAAGCAAAGGAACAUUCGGCCCAGUUGACCCAACUGAACAUCCUGCCAUCUGGCACUGCAGGGAAGGAAGUAUGCUGAUCCUUCUCCUUAAAAACAAAACAAAAUGUUAAAGAAACCAUCUCAACAAAAAGCACGACCAAAUCCAUAUAGCACUAGCACAACGGAGACCCAUCAGACACUGGAGUCAUCGCCAAGUCACAGAGCCUCCUACUGGACAUCAUCUCUAAAUUUCACACAGUGCACCAAACAUGUUUCAGAACCCUGAGUGUAAUGUAGGCACAUCAGAGGGAAAGUUAGGGAGGCUGUGCUUGGUUAAGUCAUUAAAUCUAUCCAGUCUUUUGGGUCAGGAGCAAAUGUGGCAAAAGACACAUUUACACCCAUAGAGAAGAACUACACUGCAAUACACAGAGAACUCUAAUUUCUUCCUAGUCUUCUCUCAGUGCUGAAGCAGAGAUGGGUCAAUAUGCCAAAGGGAACUGCCACAACCUGCUACCCAUCCUGAACCAUAUCCAUUCAAGUUUGGCAAAGCAAAUCAAAUUUCUGAGAAUGAAUCCUCAGCUUUACUUUCUGUUUUCAACUCUUCUGUUAAAUAUAUUUAGGAGAAAAAAAAUAAUGAAAAAGAAAUGCUUGGUUUGUUUUAAGGAUGAACAAUGUGAAAAAUCUAAACUUUAGCCUGUUUACUGAUCUGUUAAGGGUAUCCUGUAUAUAUAGCUCUGUUUUAAAAUGAAUGAAAGGGGGGGCAAAAUGACAAGAAAAAAAAUAGUUUAUUUCAAAAGAUGUUUUGAGAAUAUGCUCUCAGUGUAGUUCUGUAGGAAUGGUUUCAUGUAGAUUCAUCCUCUGUUCGUUUGAUUCAAAUUUUAGAUUUUUAGAUGAUUAUUUAUGUCUGACCGGUAGAGACCUUGAAAUCCAGACCGGGAAGUUUUGCUAUUCAGUGAGAGUUUUCCCUGUCGCGCGCAGGGACCAGUUAAGUCGGAAUAAAAGAAACUGGUGAAACAAACCCUUCUCUGUUAUUUACAACUGUUCAUGCGAAUUGAAUAUAAUGUAUAGUACGCGUUUAUCUUGGUAAAAUGAAAUGUGUCGAGCACAAAAAUUAUCAAUGUAGCCUACGUGUUAAUGUUUUUUUUUUAAAUGCUUAAAUAGACGCGAUAGCCUAUUAAUUUAACAAAUCAGGUGGUUUAAUAGCCGUAAGAAUAUAGCCAGCUAUAUGAUUUGCUGAAUUUCUAGUAAAUAGGCAAUUAGCCUAUUCAGUAGGAGUCGCUAAUAAGAGAAAACAAUUUAAGUGGUCACUUUAAAACAUGAAUCAAUUACUACCCAACUGCACAGUAAAGUAAACAUUUAUGUGGUGGAAAGAGCCUUUUUGUUUGUUUUAGUUUGCUAUAAAUGACUGAAGAUAAUUCAUUCAAAAAUAACGUGGGCCUAUUUAUUUUUAUUUAGUCAGAUGAUGAUAUUCAUGACGGCUCUAUAAUCCAACGCUUGACAAAAAGCGCCAUUAUUAUUCCGCCAUUUCAUCCGUUGUAGGCCUUACAACUUGUAGAGGCGCUAAAUUGGACGCAACAUCUGUAAAUGCCCAAUUCAGUUAAGUCCUUUUCUCAUUAAUGAAGUAACAAGCAGUUUAUCAAAAAGUCUUUCUUUCGAAUUCCUUAUUUAAUUCCCCAAAUCCCUCUCCGUUGGAUCUCACGCGCGAAACGAUGCCAUUACAGCAAUCAAUGCGCUCCAUUCAAACAAAGUCAUUUUCGCCCAUUUGACCCGUCCAUGGUGUCGAACCAAAUCGCGUGAAAUUACCUCAAGGAUUAAUUUUCUCCUUUAUCGCGCGCGCCGCUGAAAAGAUUUCUCUUUUCCUUGUUUUACCCGCGCUAAUCCGUUUCAUUAUGACGCCACAAACAAGCAGGAUCAGUGAAGAUGGAAACGAACGAAAUGAAGACGGGUUGGGAGGCGUGAGGGGAUCAGUGCUCCUAUAACGCCCAACAAAUUCUUCUAAACAUCGCGCGUCAAGGACCCCCCUCUUGCAGCAAGUCCAUAUUAAACAUGUUGGCAUGCGAGAAUAUGUUCAAAGGAGCAUUAAGCAAAGGAAACCAAUUUUCUCUCCAGUGCCGUACCUCCAAGCGAGGUGCAUAGACUCUAUUUGCAGAAGGGACCACUGGAGCGUGCAGCCCACUUCUGUUGGGAUUUUUAUGAGAUUUUCCAGAAUGCCUUAAUCUUAUUGUGAACAUUAUUAAUGAAUCGCAAACCAAUUUGCUCGUAAUAUCUGGGGAAUGCUCGCCACAAUUGUAGAGGCACUGACCUGAAGUGCUUAGGGCAACUUUCUCUUUAACUCUUUUCAUACAAUGCAUGAAUGAAGAAACAGACUUUGUGGAGACUAAAUUUGCCUCUCUAUUUGUGGAGAGUGUGUAGAUGAUUCAUUGCCAAUAUUCUGACCACAAAGAACACUCUAGAGUGCCAAAACACCUGUUUGGGAACCCAUUUUUUUUUUUUAAAGGCACCCAAGUCAUUGCAGCAAAUUGGUGCAUAUUUAAUUUCCAAAAUCUUAUUUAAACAUUUUAUUGGAAUAAAAAAAGGCUUUAUGUGUUAAUAAAUUUCAUCACAAGCAAAGUAAAUAAAUAAAUAUACAUUGGGAUAUAUCUACGCCUUCAAAAAAGUAUAACAGGGUUGAUAAUUGUGUAGCUCAUUUAGCCUUGUGCUCAAUGUCAUGACAAUGUUUUAUUAGAGCAAAUAAUUUUGAUAUUUCUACAAAUACCCAGUUUUUAAUAAUCCGUUUCCUGGACAAAGUUCUGGUUGCACGGUUUCAUAUUUAAGACUGCGUUGUACUGACAAACCCUUGUCUUUUAGAAGUUCUUUAUGGCAUUUUUUUUUAGUUUAUGGAAUUGUGCAUAAUUAUAAUAACCCUUUUAAU